AUUGAGAGGAGAGAGAGAGAGAUUGACAUUGGAAAAUGGGGAUUAAGGCGUGAGACUAUACGAGAAGAGAGGAGAGUGCAAAAUUUCGAAACCAAAUCCACCAUUUCUGAACCAACCAACCACCACUUCCAUCUUCUCUCUCACACAUCAUCAUCAAGAAAUUGGUUUAUCUCUCUGAAUCGAGGGAAGGAUUAGGAUUUUUUUUUGGAGAAGAGAGGGAAUAUGCAACAGAGACUCAAGUUGCAGCAACAACAACAGGCACUCAUGCAGCAAGCUUUGCUUCAGCAACAGCAGAUGUAUCAUCACCCUGGCAUGCUUGCCGCUGCCGCUAUGACUCAGAUGGAGCCUGUACCAAGUGGAAAUCUGCCUCCCGGUUUUGAUGCUUCUGCAUGCCGUAGUGUUUAUGUAGGAAAUAUUCAUGUAAAUGUCACCGAUAAACUUCUUGCAGAAGUUUUUCAGAGUGCUGGCCCUCUUGCUGGGUGCAAGCUCAUAAGAAAAGAAAAGUCUUCUUAUGGUUUUGUUGACUACCAUGAUCGAGCAUCCGCAGCACUAGCAAUAAUGACAUUGCAUGGGCGACAACUAUAUGGUCAAGCACUUAAGGUGAAUUGGGCAUAUGCCAAUAGCAGCAGGGAGGAUACCUCAGGACACUUCAAUGUAUUUGUCGGUGAUCUGAGUCCAGAGGUUACUGAUGCAACUUUAUUUGCAUGCUUCUCAGUCUAUACUACUUGUUCUGAUGCUAGGGUUAUGUGGGAUCACAAAACUGGUCGUUCAAAAGGAUAUGGUUUUGUUUCUUUCCGUGAUCAUCAGGAUGCCCAAAGUGCCAUAAAUGAUAUGACGGGUAAAUGGCUGGGAAAUAGACAAAUAAGAUGCAAUUGGGCAACUAAAGGUGCUGGUGGCAGCUCAAAUGAAGAGAAGAUCAAUGACAACCAAAAUGCUGUUGUGCUUACAAAUGGGUCAUCAGAUGGAGGUCAAGAUAACAACAAUGAGGAUGCUCCUGAAAAUAAUCCUUCAUACACCACAGUUUAUGUUGGCAACCUUCCCCAUGAUGUUACACAAGCUGAACUCCAUUGUCAAUUCCAUGCAUUGGGUGCUGGUGUACUUGAGGAGGUUCGAGUUCAGAGGGAUAAGGGUUUUGGAUUUGUCAGAUACAAUACUCACGAGGAAGCAGCACUGGCUAUUCAGAUGGCUAAUGGAAGACCAGUUCGCGGGAAGACGAUGAAGUGUUCAUGGGGUAGCAAACCAACUCCUCCUGGGACAGCUUCAAAUCCAUUACCUCCUCCUGCUGCACAACCGUAUCAAAUACUUCCUACUGCAGGUAUGAAUCAAGGCUAUUCUCCUGCUGAGUUGUUGGCUUAUCAGCGCCAGCUGGCCUUGAGUCAGGCCGCUGUAUCUGGCCUUUCCGGACAAGCUCUUCUUCAAAUGUCUGGACAGCAUGGCCUAGCUCCCGCUUCAAUGGGCAUUAAUUCUGCUGCGUCUCAAGCCAUGUAUGAUGGAUAUACUGGUAAUUCGUCGAGACAGCAGCUUAUGUACUAUCGUUGAUGCAUUGGCUUUUCACCAGUUGCUUGUUGCCUUAUGGGGCAUUCAUGUGCAUCAUCAUCACAUUUCUCUUCGCUUCACCACAACAGCAUGUCCUUUUCGAACUGGGGCUUUUUUAUUGCAGUAUUGUGGCUUUAUUUUUAUUUAUUUUUUACCGUGUUGUAAUUUAUAUUGUUUGAUCUAAGAGGGUUUUACGACUCGAAAAAGGGAUCUAUGUUUUGCUAGGAAGAGCUGCGAGUUUUAUGUUUGGGUAGUUUUUAUUAUGGUUUCUGUAUCCUUUUUUAUUAUCUUAUCUGUAUCUUUUUUAUUAUGGUUACUGUAUAUUUAUAAAGUAUUGACUCAAGUUCAUGUUAA